AGCAGACACUACGUCUCCCUCCAACGGGACGCUCUCUUCACGAAACUGCCCCGCAUUCAAGUUGUUCAAGUGCGCCGCUUUCCUCGUGCGCUGGAACCGUACCUUUGAGAGAUAACCCACCAUCAGAAUGCACUAAGGCUGAAAGCGACCAGAAGAAAAGUUCUCUUCGACGGGAUUUGUGCUCGGCGACGUCUUUAUCUCCGACCAUACGAUGUAGCUCGCAUUUCAUUUCCGGACAUCAUUAACGAAAGGGAAGCGAAGAUCGAAGAAGAAGCUACACUGCACUUGUACUGUACGCAUCGUAGAAUCCGAAAAGCGACCGGCGUGCCAAGAAGAAGGGCCAAGAAUGGAUAUUUUCUGAGAGGGCCAUGGACGGGUGUUCAGUGUCUCCAGAAGUUUCACCCAGGAUGCCAGCGACUCCGGCCCUCCUCGUCGUGCCGGACGCGUCUCCGAUGACGAGGAGACGGUGGAGUUCCGGAAGUGGUUCCAGUCUGCGCAGUCCGACCGGAAGAGACUUUCGGGGUAGCGGGGGUCUCUCGCCGGACCUCUUGAACCUGGACAGGCCAGAGACGCCGGAGGGGGAAAGACUCGACCUUCGUGGUAUUAGUGCGGCCGUUUCUGCGUUGCUGUCUCCGCAGGUUUCGGCUGCAGUGAAAGCACUACGGAACGCCCUCUCCGAAGCAGAUCUCUGGGACAUGGUCGUACAAGCCGUGGAUGACAAGUUAAGCACAGAUGAAGCAGCCUUGCUCCAUGGAGAUGGAGUCUGGAGUCCAUCUUGCGAGACCAGCCAGUUCUUCUACAAAUUAGUUGAAGAUUCAUCCGCAGCGGCUGGCGUUUCCCCGUCUGCCCUUCUGGACAUGGCCGGUGAAGCGCACGCAGCCUUCUGUUUGGAAUGGCAUGGCAACGCUCUCCGUUUCCUGGGAGGAUCGCUGGGAGAGCUGUUCGUCAACAUGGAAUCCCUGAACCACGUGUUCCUAAAGACGGGAUGCCUUUACGAAGGCGAACAGAAUGGGCCUCUCGUACGCGUGCGUGAGGAACACGGUCGCCUGGUACUCCAGUGCCGAACAGCCACUCAGUAUCUGGCCGAUAUGUUGCCUGGAAUGCUACGGAAGUUGGCUCACGAGAUGUUUGCACUUCCGGUCAGGGUCAGCAUUGCCGGCCGAAAACCAGAGCAGGUAACGCUUGUGGUCCAAGGCCUCCCAAGCGGUCCUCCAGCCGCGUCCGUCAACCCUGAAGACCUGGCCAUCUCAGUGGCCACCUUCUGCCGCGCGUUCCCUUUCCACUUGAUGUGUGACCAUCACCUUCAGGUGACGCAGAUGGGACGCGGUUUCGUUCGCAUCUUCGGCGGUCGAUUCCGCGAAGGACGAGUGCCUCUUCCAACCCUCUUCACUUUCGAGGACCCGAACAUAGAGAUGCGUUUUGACCACAUUGUAGCACACGCUAACGUUCCAUUUCUACUCAGAGUACGAGAGGAGAGCAUCAAGUACGAACGCUACAAGGAUAUGGAAGUGAAAGGCCAGAUGGUGCACUGCCCGGAAUCAGAGACCCUUCUGUUCCUCGGAUCUCCCGUGGUGGACGGGUUGUCGGCCAUGCUCCGUCUGGGCCUCUACAUCUCGGACGUGCCUAUCCACGAUGCCACCAGGGACAUCAUCCUGGUCGGAGAACAAGCCAGGGCGCAGGACGGACUCAAGCGACGGAUGGAUAAGAUUAGGGCAUCCAUCCAGGAAGCCAACCUGGCCGUUGAAGAGGAAAGGCAGAAGAAUGUUGACCUUCUCCACCUCAUCUUUCCACCGAGGGUCUCCAGGAAGCUGUGGCUCGGUGAAGCGGUGGAGCCACAGCAACACGACCAAGUGACCCUCCUGUUUUCUGACAUCGUGGGCUUCACCGCCAUCUGUGCCACAGCCACUCCAAUGAUGGUCAUCAAUAUGCUCAACCAGCUCUACACACAGUUCGACCAGUUCUGCGGCGAACUAGAUGUCUAUAAGAUUGAAACGGUCGGUGACGCCUACUGCGUAGCGAGUGGACUUCGCAAGCAGAUGAGCACGCAUGCGCAGUUGGCAGCCUGGAUGGCUCUGAAGAUGAUGGCUGCCGCCAUCAGAGUGCGCUCGCACGACGGAAAUCCCAUACAGAUGCGCAUCGGCCUCCACACUGGCAUGGCACUGGCCUGUGUUGUGGGACUGAGGAUGCCUCGUUAUUGCCUCAUAGGAAAUGAUGUUGCCGUCGCCAAUAAAUUUGAGUCCACCAGCGAACCUCUCAAGAUCAACGUCAGUCCUGCAACGCAAAGGCUCCUGACGUACACCAAGGGCUUCAAGCUAACGGCACGAGCGCGCGAGUGCCUCCCCGUCGGAUUCCCGGAACACGUGAAAGGAACCUGUUACUUCCUGGACGGGUUCCAGCACCCGGACGUCGACCCGAAGGAAGACCUCGACGUUCACAUCAAGCGAGCCCAACGAGACCUGCAACCCGACGCUUCGCAAGCCUGGCUCUCUUAGCCGUCGGGGGCCGACUUCACGGGAAUGGAACCUCCCUGGAUGGUGGACGUUACAUUUCGAGACAGGACUGGAUGUCUAUUCAUUGUCCGGCGUCAACAACUGUAAAAGAUCCAGAUAGUUCAACGGGACGGCGUCUCUUCGCAAGAAGCGCACAAUCAAAGAACAAUCUCUCUACUUUUAUUUCACCCAAUCCAAUCCAACCCAAUCCAACACGAUCCACGAGGAAGGCAAGAGAAUACCGUUACUGCCAUUCGUACCUUGAGUACAUUGCUUUUGCGUUCACGUUGAGUUAUAUAUAUCGAUGGCUCGAUAAUUGAGGCCAUGUUUGCCCUCCCAGAUUGCACUAAGGAUACUGUGUUUCCAACAACCGCUCGAAAAUGUCAUACGGAGAUGUCGCGGAAGAACUGCAAACUGAUGGAUCGAAAAGAAAUAUAUACACGGAUAAUGUAAAAAGCGAACAGAACUGCUUGCUUUAUAGACCUGUGCACCGAUGGCAGCGUGGCCUGCGGCGGCGCGAACAAAUAAAGUCAACUAAUAGUGUGCGCGCACUGUCUAACCCCGUGAGACUGGCUAAUCAAAUCUACAUAUAACUGCGUUAUCAAUUUAUUAAUUGGGAGUAGACUUACGCUUGUGUGGCUAUACUUGUGUGGCAGCCUAUAAGACUGGCGGACUGCGGUGCUGGAGGCAAUGUUGCUGCUGUUCUCGGCGGGAAUCGAACCCGCGAUCUGGAGGUCAUCACGGUACCGGCAAGCCGAGCCGAGCCGAGGCGUUAUCGAGUUUUAUGAUAUCGCGUGACAAUAAUGGAACGGUAUUUUUGAAAUCCACAUAUAGAAGGACUCGUGGGUCAAGGUCCCUUCUGCUGCAGUCCCUCUCACCAACGUGCAGCGGAGGGCCAUGGGACUGCCUUCAGUGUUUUCGUAUUAGGAAAUGAAUCGUAAGAGCAGAACCUAUAAUAAUAAAUUCAACCUAUUUUCGCUGUUUGUCGGAGGAGCGCUUCAUUCACGGUUUCACUAUAGGACAAACCAUGAUGGGACCAAUCUUCUAGACUCGUAAAUACCACUUUCUGAUCCUCAAGGUGUAGAUAUAGGGCAUAAAACCGAGUUCAAGUUUUGUGCGCAUGCGCAGACGUGAAACGAUCGGUAUACAGAACGCCGGCGUCGCACAGGUCUAAUAAACGAUUUUAAAAAAUCCCAGAGCUCCUUGCGCACGCAUUGCAUCCUGGGUACUUACUGACUGGUGGAACGAAGAAUAACCCUUCACGUUUCGCUUUCGCUGACCUUGACACAAUGGACGGGUAAGGGUGAAAUUGAAACAGGUUGGUGUGGCCACCCGUUUCUCUCGUAUUAGUAAACUCCCACAGUUCAAAGCGACGCUAAGCACUCUGGGAUUUUGUGAACUCGUCUAUUGGUGUAGAUAUUGGAUUACUAGGAAGGGAGACGUUGAGUGCACUUGACGUCCAACUGUCCGCCAUCCUGUUCAAGAUCAUCCGGAUUCGGAACAAACGACGUGAACCCCGACCUCGUCCUCAAGAUGGCCUUGUGUGUUAUUUUCGCGAGCAGCUGCGCAGCGCAAGUGUGCGCGACAAAGAGCGUGCGCGAAGAAAAAAAGUGCGUGUUCAUCCACUCUGUACUUGUGACGCGAGGAGGUUGCGUCAGACGAAAUAAAAACUCGUUUGGUUUUUGUA